UGACCCAAGAGAAGGAGAUGGAAGAGCAGGACCCAGAAGGACCUGGAACUGGCAAGAAAGCAAGGCAAGACCCCCUUCUCCUCCAAGCUGGGGGUGGUGUUGAAUUCUGGGAAAGAGCUGUGCCAGAGAUCCUGACAAAGGACGCAAUGACCUCAGACAUACAUUGCCAACGCUUCCGGCAAUUCCGCUACCGUGAAGCUGAUGGGCCCCGAGAGGCUUGCAGCCAGCUCCAUAAACUCUGCAAUCACUGGCUGAAGCCAGAGAGGCACACCAAGAAGCAGAUCCUGGACCUGGUGAUCCUGGAGCAGUUCCUGACUAUCCUGACCCCGGAAAUGCAGUGCUGGGUCAGAGAAUGUGGGCCAGAGACCAGUUCCCAGGCAGUGGCCUUGGCUGAAGGUUUCCUCUUGAGUCAGGCAGAGGAGAAGCAGCAGGCAGAACAGAUGUGGGGACCAUCCCUGAAGACAGAAGCUACAUUCUCUGAGGUGGAGGGAGCUUCUUUGGAGCAAGGGCAGAGGGUACAAGCCCAGGCGUGUGCCCAAGAUGCCCUCUCAUGUGGAAGUGGAGAGAAGCCGUUGAGCCAGUGUCUUUUCAGAGGUGUGGAAACAGCUGCUGCACUUCCAAUCCAGUGUACCUUUUCCUUUGAGGAAGUGACUGUGUAUUUCACCGAGGCAGAGUGGACCCUGCUGGAUCCGGUCCAAAGAGCUCUCUAUGGGGAAGUCAUGCUGGAGAACUAUGGGAUUAUGACCUCUCUGGGUAAGGAUCUUUCAGAGCAAUACACUGUUUUGAGGCCUAUCCUCCUACUGGUAGACGAUGAUCAGAGGAAUGAAGAGGGUCAGGAACUUGAUCAGCAAUUGUCAGAUAAACUUGAAAAUGAAGACUUCAGAGAAAACUUCAGGAAACAAGGCAGCCCCGAGAGGCAGAAAAGCAGCCAAAUAAUCAAGAAGUGGGAGCAACCCAUUCCUUGCCAAGGGGGGCAUUUCCAAAAAGUCAUUCACAUGGCAGAAGAAACAUAUGAGUGCACAGAAUAUAGAAUGGACUUCUCAGAACAAACCCAAUAUAUUGUCCAAUUCCAUGGAAAGAAAUUCAGUUUGAGUGGUGAUCUUCAACUCCAUCUAAGAACAGACAGAGGGGAUAAACCUUUUGAAUGCUUGGAUUGUGGAAAGAGAUUCAGUCGCAGUUUCAGUCUUAAGCAGCAUCUAAGAAUACACACGGGAGAAAAACCCUUUGAGUGCUCAGUGUGUGGGAAACGAUUCAGUGACAAUUCUGCUCUUCAACGACACCAAAGGACCCACACAGGGGAGAAACCUUUUGAAUGUUCAGAGUGCGGGAAGAGAUUCAGUGACAGUUCUACUCUUCAACGGCAUCAAAGGACCCACACAGGAGAGAAACCUUUUGAAUGCUCAGAGUGUGGGAAGAGAUUCAGUAGAAGUUCCCGUCUUCUGGAGCAUCAAAGAAACCACACAGGGGACAAGCCUUUGGAAUGUUCAGAGUGUGGAAAGAGAUUCAGUCAGAGUAGCCAUCUUCAAAGGCAUCAAAGAACCCACACAGAGGAGAAACCCUUUGAUUGUUUAGAGUGUGGAAAGAGAUUCAGGCACAGAGGCAAUCUUCAACAGCAUCAAAGAACCCACACAGGGGAGAAACCUUUUGAAUGUUCAGAUUGUGGAAAGAAAUUCAGUCAAAGUAGCCAUCUUCAGCAGCAUCAAAGAACCCACACAGGGGAGAAACCUUUUGAAUGCUCAGAGUGUGGAAAGAGAUUCAGGCACAGUGGCAAUCUUCAACAGCAUCAAAGAACCCACACAGAGGAGAAACCUUUUGAUUGUUUAGAGUGUGGAAAGAGAUUCAGGCACAGAGGCAAUCUUCAGCUACAUCAAAGAACUCAUUCAGGGGAGAAACCUUUUAAAUGCUUAGAGUGUGGAAAGAGAUUCAGUCAAAGUAGCCAUCUUCAACAACAUCAAAGAACCCACACAGGGGAGAAACCUUUUGAAUGCUCGGAGUGUGGAAAGAAAUUUAGGCACAGAAGCAAUCUUCAACUACAUCAAAGAACUCAUACAGGGGAGAAACCUUUUGAAUGUUCAGAGUGUGGGAAGAGAUUUAGUCAGAGUAGUGAUCUUGAACAGCAUCAAAGAACCCACACAGGGGAGAAACCUUUUGAAUGCUCAGAGUGUGGAAAGAGAUUUAGUCGGAGUGGCAUAUUUCACCUGCACCAAAGAACCCAUACAGGCGAGAAACCUUUUCAAUGCUCAUUGUGUGGAAAGAGAUUCAGUCAGAGUAGCCAUGUUCAGCAGCAUCAAAGAACCCAUACAGGAGAGAAACCUUUUGAGUGCUCAGAGUGUGGAAAGAGAUUCAGAUGGAGUAGCAAUUUUCAAAAACAUCUAAGAACCCACACAAAGAGAGACUAUGUAACUGCUUAGCCCAUUAAAAUAA